CCCCCACUCAGACUCAAGGACUUCCUCCACAGUUCACAGAAAACAUUAUUUCAGCAUUCACAAGCUAUUUCUUAAUUUAACACUUCCUCUACAUCCUAAAGAAAUAUGGCAAUCAGUAUGGGGCGCAUACUCCGUGGGAAGCAAGGAGGCCUCAGAAGGUCUUCCUCGAGAUCAAGCAGAGAAAGUGAGGUUCCUAAGGGUCACUUUGCAGUUUAUGUAGGCGAGGGCGAGAAGAAACGCUUUGUCCUUCCAAUAACAUACUUGAAGGAUCAUUCAUUCCAAGACCUGCUUUGUCAAGCUGAAGAAGAAUUUGGAUUUGAUCAUCCCAUGGGCGGGCUUACAAUUCCUAUUCCGGAGGAUACCUUCUUGGACAUCAUCUCUAGCAUGAGUAGCAGAUCCUAAUAGACUUUAGAUAUCUUAGAUUAUAAACACAAUUUUGCAGAUAAAAGUAUUCUUGUACAGUGCUCCAUUUUUUUCGUGAUCAGAUUGGGAAAUAAAAAUUAUAAUUUUUCCAUUUACUUUCUCGUGGACGAAUCAAAUGGAAGGAAAGAAAGUCUAAUAAUUCCAAACAUCUCCAAAAGUUUAUAGAUAUUCACAUAUUAUCCCUAGAGAAGAAAAAAUGUGUUGGGAUACGAUGAACUGCCAAGCACAUAUUCACACACAAUGAAUCUGCCAAGCAGAGCUGACAGAAAAAAACACUUCCCAAAAGCUUGACACCUACUCUUCAAACUAUUCUCCAACUUGAUAAUGAACCAAAAUGCUUUCUUCACCAGGAACUUUCAAACAACAUGGUUUGUUCUCUUCGGGCAAUCUCUCUAACAUUCCAAAGAAAGAAGCCAACCCACAUUUAGAAGAAGCUGGUGAGCAGAAAUACUAAAAAGUUCUUGCAUGCUUACAAAUUUUCAACUUCUCAGCCCUUCUUGGUUGGGUCAGGCUGGUGAGCACAAAUAUAAAGUAGCUGCUGAACACAAAAUCUAGAGGAAGUCCUGCACCAAAUUUCUUGGAAUCAAUUCCAAGAAAUAGA